UGUAAUAGUUUUUUUUUUUUGAUCAAUGUUUAUGUAAUAGUCUCUGAAGAAAAUUUACCCAAAAAAAGUCAAUGCUUGUCUUUCCAUUCAUGGCGUCGAUGCCGAGGAGCAAACAUCUUCUCCUGAUCUGUUACGUUUCUCUUCUUUGCUUUGUAUCACUGUCGUCUUCAUCAUCUGAUCUCUCUGGUGCAUCUCUACCAUCUUCGUCGAAAGUCUCGCUGAGCCUGUACUACGAGUCUCUCUGUCCAGCCUGUUCUUCAUUCAUAGUUGACCACCUCGUGAAGCUCUUUGAUGACGAUGUCAUAUCCAUCGUUGAUCUCCAUCUAUCUCCCUGGGGCAACACCUACCUCCGCCCCGACAAUGUCACUGCCCUUUGCCAGCACGGGGAAGUUGAAUGUUUCUUGGAUACGGUGGAAGCGUGUGCCAUUGAUUCUUGGCCGAAACUGAGCGAUCAUUUCCCUUUCAUCUACUGUGUUGAGAGUUUGGUGACAGAACACAAGUACGAUAAGUGGGAGACUUGUUAUGAGAAGCUCAAUCUGAGCUCAAAGCCUGUUGCUGAUUGCCUCAGCAGUGGACGUGGACAAAAACUUGAGUUGAAGUAUGCUGCAGAAACGAGUGCACUUCAGCCGCCUCAUGAAUAUGUGCCAUGGGUAGUCGUGGAUGGUCAGCCACUUUAUGAGGAUUAUGAAAAUUUCAUAAGCUACAUCUGCAAGGCAUACAAAGGUAAUAAAGUGCCUGGAGCUUGUGCCAAGUAUUCAUCAUACGACUUCAUUCGCAGUGUGAAAGUGAAUCGCUUCCCUCUGGUUUGCAUGAAAGGAGUCAAUACGAUGUGGGAUUUAUUGGAACGUAUCAAAACCUCUUUAUCCUCGUACCUCAACAUCAGAGGCCUGCUAUAAACAGUUAAUCUAAACACCUUCACUUUCUGUUGUGUUAUGUAACAUGAUACCCUAAAAUGUGAUAGAUCCCAGUUACUCAGGACAAUCAAAUGUUGAUCAAACUCUCUCCUAUCUCGUUUGGCUUUUCUGAAACUUAAACCACAAGUUCCAACAAUGUAUACUUGGGUUGGGUUUAGACCAAUGACUCAUUAUCGGUAUAGCAACAAGAGUCUAUUAGGGUUGAAGAUAGAACGUUACCGUGAGGACUGUAACCCAUUUACUCAUUUCGAUGUUGACCAGGAGAUGAUGUGCUUAUAAGUUUUUUCUUAUCAUAAGUAUAAAACAUUAUACUUGACAUAUAAUAAGAGAGUAAGACAACACGAUAAUAUAUAAUACAUAGUAGAGAACAGGAGCAGAUCUAGAAACAAAUAUACACAAAUUUUCUUCACUACAUUUUCGUUUAGGAUAGGAAGCACAUUUUCGAGAGAGAAAAAAGAGAGAAAAGAGAUCUGAGUCUCCCCCGGUGUCCGGAAGCGCGUGGAAGCGCGUGUCGGCGCCGGAGGUUCCCCCCUGUCUUCUAGUUAGUCUUUGCUUCUUCCUCGUCUUAGUUCUGCCACCGUCUUGUUCUGAGCUCUGGUCCGGCGAGCUUCCUCAGCCUUAUCUUGCUGACGGUACUUCGACCUUCCCUGGAGUUAAGACGCGGUGGUUUGGUUCGGUGGUGAGUGGAGGAGUCGGCGUUCCUGGCUUACAUGUCUUUUGGACAAACUUGAUAAACUCUCGGGAACAGAUCUAAAUCCUGUUUGUCAGAUCUGAAGGCUAGAUGAAGGCGUUGAUGAGUUUCGAUCUAUCAUUCUCCUUCUUGAAGUUGUGGGCUUCUGAGUUGUCGGUGCUCCAACUUCAAAGGUUCCUCUCCGAGGGUCCUUAGCCUUCGACCUGUGUGUGCGCCUCCUAGUUUGCUUCUGGUAGUGGUACCGACGUGUUUUGGAGGUACGCUUUGCCUUGGGUUCGUAGCGACGGAAUAGCUCCUUUCUGUUCUCGGUUCGCGUGGAUUCUCCGGCUUGAUCCUAAGGCAAAGGGGCUUCGGCUCAUAUAUUUGCAUCUUGGCGUGGGGUUGAAUGAGUUACGGUUCGUCUCUUCACCCUUUGGGAUUGCUUCUUUGGUGUCAUCUCGUGGUUCCUGGUUUGAUUCCGGAACAAUAGAUUGAGGUUGAUCUCCAUGGCUCCCUUAAUAAAGUUCAGCCUUUGAUGCCUGUCUCCUCCACAACCUCCUCCAUGCGUUGGUAUCAUUUGCUUGGGUGUUUUGUGAAUUGAUUUAGACUCUGUUUUUAGUUUCUCAAGUUUAUGUCUUGUGUAAUGCCUUAGGCUUCAGGGUAUCAUCUCUGUUUUUGUUGUUUGUCUCCAGAAGAACUAUGUUUUCUUGCUGGCUUUAGACUCCGGAAGUAUUG